AUGGUUACGUCGGAGGGAACGACUCACAAGCAGGUGGUCGAGGGUUCAUUGGGUGGAUCUGAUCCUGUCGUCCUUCCUCGUAGAACCACGCGACAUACUGCACAAGCUUUACAAUCUCAUAUCAUACCUCCCAAUGUACCAACCAGCACCACCACACCACCUUACACAUCAUGGGACGAAACGCACGGGCAUCAUCAGGACUCUCCCCACAUCGGUCCCAUUACGACGGGAGGUCAACCCCAUCAACCCCCUCCUCAAUUCUUAGCACCUCAUCAGAUGCAUUCCUCCACUUCCUCACCUCACAAAACUCCACCAACAUACUCACCAAUGGGUCCACCUGCUCCCAAUUUCUCCCAUGAAGGAGGGUAUUUCGUCUCUCCACAAUUGUUCACACCGAGUUCGUCGUACUCUUUCCCUCUUCCUAGUGGACAAAGUCAAUGGGGUGGUAUCACCGAAGAUGAGGGGUUCGGCACGGAUUUUGAUUUCGGGGAAAUGACUGAGGAUAUGUCAUCAAUGGUUGAUUUUGAUGCUGGUGAUACCGUUUCUAUGGCUUCGGCGUCAGUGUCCAUGAUGUCUCGUACCACUGCAGCCGCAACAUCAUCCACCAUAUCUCCUACGAAAAGAGGUAAAAUACAUACCCCUCGACCUCCCAACGCUUGGAUUCUUUACAGAUCGGACAAGCUGAAGGCUAUCGCAGCUGGGGAGAAAGGUCGCGGGAAUCGAUCAGAUCAUGGCGGAGAUGGGUGUCGUCAGUGGGAGUGGGAGUGGAAGCGGAGAGGUAACUUCGUCCGGACCGGAAACGGGAUUCGACGAGCUGUCAAAAGACAAAGCCAGUAUGCCACCUCCCGCACUGCCCAGAGAGCCAAAGGGAAGAAGGCGCAAGACGACGAGGCUCUAUCCCUGGGCAGGGUAAGCAUCAAGAAAAGUAUCCCGGGAUACAAGUUUCAACCCCUGCGUAGGGCCGACAAAAUCAAACUGAGGGAAGAGCGAGAAAGAGAGCGUGAGGCAUUGCGCAGGGAGAGAGAUCAAUCCAGAUCAACGGGACGGUCACGUAAACCUAAAGCCAAAACAAGAGCUUCUACUGGUUCCCCAUAUACUGUUCACCCUCCGGAUAGACAGAGCGCCUUGGCCAGUCAGUAUCUUACAUACGACACAUCAGAUGCCUCCCCUGGGAAGGGUUUUCGGCAUGGAGCUCCUGGGCAGAGUGUACUCCCGAGGGAGGGGAACACGGAGGAACAAGUGCUCAGGAGUUAUCCAUUCCCGAUGCCUCCUGGUUCCUUACCAUCCUUACGACGUGAAGAUCACGCUGGGAAUAAUCCAUUCGUGGACAUACCACCUCCGCCUCAUACUCCUCAAAGCACACCAUACACUCAACCAUCAUCUACUAUGCCUUCGCCUCAUCUUCUUCCAUCUCAGUUCCAACUUCAGACUCCAACUCAAGCUCAUCCUCAACCCCAACCUCAUGUCCUACCUCCGAGUCAAGGUGGGCCUAUCGAAGGCGAAAACGCACUGGGACGAGGACAAAUGACCUAUGUAUCUGUCGCUCAACCUUAUUACGACCCGACUUUUGGACAAUACACCAAUCUUGAAGAUAUACAACAAGAUUAUCACGUCGUUCCUCUCAUGUUAGAGAUUCCAGAAGGAAAUAUGUUGACUGCCGCACCGCACGAAUUACCCUCUGAUAUCGACCCAGGACUCAUGGGUCCAGGUGAUAGUCCUGGUGCUUUGGCGGCCAUGUGGUGCAUGAUAGAAGAGGAGAUCGAAGAUUCAGGACCUUCCGGUCUGAGCAAUGAAGAAAGAGCAGUUCUGACUCCUUGGAAUUCGGAUGCUCGUCAGGCGGAAGAUCAGUGGAUUCAACCUUCUGGUCUGAACAUCUCUUUAAGCUCAUCUGCUCCUGCGAGAUAUACCAGCGUAGCAGCGGAUGUAGCUAGUGAAUAUAUCUCACAAAAUCAGUAUUCAUAUCCGUAUGUGGGUAGUUAUGGAUCUUACACCGAAGCCCGAUUCGAUCCAACUCAGACUUAUCUAUCAUUACCAUACAUUCAUCCAGGAGAAAGAGAAGGACCUUUCUUACCUCAUCAACCUCUCUCUCCUGUUUCUUGGUCAAACGCUACUACCCCCCGUCAAGGUCAUUUCCGUACAUCACUCAGUCAAAUAAAUACCAUUCCUCAACAACAACAGUUCUCACAACAUCAACAAACACAACAUGUUCAUCCCAAUCCAGAGUAUGGAUCUAGGACCAUUUCCCUCUCAGCAGCUCCACCGAGAUAUGUUAGCGCAUCGGCUUAUCCACCCACACCGUUAUCUACCGAAAGUCAUCAUCUGGAACAUUUCGACGAAGCGGUAUGGGAAGAGAUGCCUCCGGUAAGCGAGUCGUAUGUCGAACAAGAUGUUCAGACUCAACCUCGAACAGGACCACCACGAGGGGGUAGAAGGGGGAGAAUAGUUGGGAUGAAAUAUGACGAGGGGAAAUGA